CCCAUUUUUUGUCCCAGUUUGGGGAGUAUCAUGGCGCAGACCGGGUCAUUUUAACUCUUUUGGCUUAAAAAUUAUCCGUUGACUUUUAGCACCUAAAUUAUAAGAAAGUAUGUUAAAACGAGCCACACUGGCUUUAAGCCACUACCCGGAUGCUUGUUUCCGUGCCUGCAAUGGUUGCAGGUGCAUGCGGAUGGUUCACGUGGUUAAGCUAAGCGAGGAUUUGAAAGCUGUUCAAAAAUCAAACCAGGACUAUCGCAGAGCCCUGCUGAAGCUGCGAAACGAGUUGACCUCCCAGGAAGGUACCAGUGAUAUUCCUUGCCCACGACCCGAUCAGCCGUUGCGAUGUGCGUUCCUGGCAGGUCUGGAGCAGCAGCUAAAGCAGAGGAUCCUGGGAAAAGAGGUCUUCGACCCUGAGAUGUCCUUAAAGCGGGAGGUUUACCCCGAAACAGCCUCCUCCGCCGACGGGUGCGGCGGAGCAUGUGGCGAGGGCAAGAGCGUCGGUGAGAAAAAAGGGAAAAACUGUGGCCAGGGGGGUGGAAAGAAAGGCGAUGAUGGGGAGGACGACCCGAAGAAGCUUAAGAAGCGGUGCAAGCAGUUUAAGGCCGAGAAAAUGCUCAAAAAGUGCAGGGAAAAGGCCGCCUUGAAAAAAUGUCAAAAAGAGUCCAAAGCAAAAGAAUGCGAGAAAAAUGCAGCCAUGGAGCAGUGCCUGAAGUGCAUUAGAAAAGAAAGAGGAGAAAGUGAAGUGGAAGAGAAGGAGAACCAGAAGGCGGAGGAGGAAGAGGAUGCUGAAGCUGACGAGUGCGGCGAGAAGAAAAAUAAAUGCCCCGACGAGGACGAAGAGCUGGAAAAGCUGAACAAACAAAUCCAGAAAUUGGCCGAUCAAAUGAACUGUGAAAAACUGGCCAAAAUAGAGGCCAUCAAAAAAGCCUGUCGCGAGCAGAAAGAAAGGGAAGAGUGCGCCAGAAGGGCCGAAGAGGCCCGGAAGAAAGCCGAGGAAGAAAAAAAGCGGGCAGAAGAGGAGGCUAGGCGACGGGCCGAGGAGGAGGCCAACAAAUCGCCCGAAGAAGACAUAUGCGAACUAAGGAGGCAGUGCGCUAAAAUGGCCAAGGAGCAAAGAAAGAAGGCGCUGGCGGCUCAGAAAAGACUCAAGGCUAUGACCGAAAAAGCCAAGCUCAAGAAAAUGAAGGCGCAGUGCGAGAAAGUCGCAGCCAUCCAAAAGUGCCGCCAACAGGCCAAAAAGGACGAGGCCGCCAAGGCGAAGGCAGAGUGCGAGAAGGCCCAAAAGGAAGAAGCCGCCAGGCUUAAAGCUUGCCGGGAAGCUCAGGAGGCAAAGAAAAGGGCCGAGAGCGAAUUGAACGCCAAAAAGAAACUGUGCGAAAAAAUAAGUAAACGGGAAAAACCAAAGGAGGUCGAUGUAUGCGCUAAAUACAAGUUCGAGUUCAAAAAAAAGGAUUUGAACAAAGCCCCCAAAGCAGUGAAGGCGGAGGUUAAACAGGAAAUCAAAAGGGGCAUUGAAAAAGAGAUCGAAAAGGACGUCAAGGAGAUCAAAAAGGGCGUUGAGGAGACCAAAAGUGAGGUCGGAAAAGAGGUCAAAAAGGAGGUAAAGCAGGUUGAAAAAGAGACCAAAAGAGAGGUCAGUGGAACACCUCCUCCACCACCUGCGCCAGCACCCAAAGCAGCAGCCCCACCCCCUCCUCCACCACCACCCAAGGCCGAUCCUAAGCGACUCUUCCAGAUUUGCAAGAAGAUGGCCCAAAGCAAGAUAAGACAAAAGAAAAAGAAAAUGAAGGCACUACAGGCCAAAUGCAAAAAAAUUGCCCUAAAGGAGCAGUGCAAGUGCGAGAAAAAAGCAAAGAAGGCCAAGGAACUGGAGGAGUACUGCAAGAAAAAGAAGAAGUAGAGGGUCAACAAGUGCCGUGGCUCUAAAUUCCCAGGUCUCCCAAUCUAAAUUAGGUUUCUCGAAGUUAAAAUCUUUGGCUGUGCCCUCGUAACAAUUCAUCAUCAAUUUUUGUGUUUUAUUACGAUUAUAGUGGUACAUCAGUUUCAGGCACUAUUGCAGGCUUAUAAAAUGAGAAAAAUAAUGUUGAGCA